GUCCCACCACGGGCAGCUUCAAGCUGUCCCUCUCAAACCUUCAUGAGCACCACUUGAGCAUCACCUGCAAAAAUCAUGGAACAGAGCAUCUAGACAUACUCCAAUGCACCGCAUCCCGCAUGGCCAUCAAUUCAACCAGAAACACAUUUGUUAUCCACUCAUACUACACGGCAAGCGCAGCCACCACAACACAUGGUUGAUCUUGCAGAACUAGAGGUGGCAAUUUCAAUCCAAUCCAUCAAUCCAUUAAAAAUAUCCACCUAAUCCAAUCCAUUUAAAUCUAGGGCUGUCAAAACGGUUUCGGGUUUUCGGUUUAACCCGAACCCGAACCACCAUCAAUUGUCUGUGGGUUCGGUUUUUCGGUUUCGGCCCGAGGAAGCACAUGUCGGUUUCGGUUUCGUAAACCCGAAACCCGACAGAGAACCCGAAAACCGAUACCUUAAUGCAAACCUGAAUUCGAAGGCCGACCCGAUUCUUCAUUCCAGAAAUCCUGAUCUGGGUACUCCCCUGUUUUCCAAGAAGAUGGCUCCAAGCACGGUGGUUGUCACCAUCGAGAAGCCAAACAACUUAUCUGUAGUCCAAAUCAACGCCGCCACCGCCGGCGACGAUUCGCCAUUGCUUCCUGCCGACAAGCAGAAAGCGGCGAGCCCCAAGCAGUUCACCUUCUCCAUCCUGCUAAAAAUCUACAGAGCAUUCAGUUGCAUCUCAUGGCUCGCAGUCGGAUCCAAUUCCCUUUUCAAAUUCAUCAAGAAGAGGGUUUCCCAAUCCGAGGCCUCAGCUGACGAAGUAGAAGAGCAGGACAUGGAGCCCAGAAGUAGAGGCAAGCUAUACAACUUUAUUAAAGCGUUUCUCGCUAUCUCAAUCGGCGCACUAGUGGUGGAAGUCGUGGCUCACUACAACAAGUGGAAUUUGAAUCUCGUCCAGCCGUGGGAAGUUCAGGGGCUAGUCCAAUGGUCUUACAUGGCCUGGCUCUCGUUCCGACUCGAUUACAUUGCUCCCACUGUGAUGAUGCUCUCCCAAUUCUGCAUCGUCUUGUUCUUGAUUCAGUCUCUGGAUCGGCUCGUGCUCUGCCUUGGCUGCUUCUGGAUCAAAUUCAAGAAAUUGAAGCCCCAAAUUAACGGCGACGAUUACGAUGUCGAGUAACCUUCUAGUUUCCCAAUGGUUCUUGUCCAGAUUCCAAUGUGCAAUGAGAGAGAGGUAAGUAAAGUUGCCGACUUUCU